AGCUUAUGACUAUGAAAAAUGUGUUAGUAACUUCAUGUUGUUUACAAACCUUUCAUGGUUUGUUCGUUUCUCGACCAUCAGAAGCUAUUUUACCAGUACAAAGGAAUGGGCAAAUCAUUACUGCUUUAUAUGAUUAUCAACCUCCAGCAACUGAUACACAACCAACCUUAGCGUGGCUAACUGUAAUGCAAGAAGCGUAUUUAAAUUUAGCACACAAUUCAUUAAAUUUGUGUGCAGUUCUUUUACCAAGAAUUUUGGCUUCGGACAAAUCGGAAGUUAUAUCUGAUUCUUCGCACACGAUAAAAAUUUUAUUACAAGAUUGUGUCG